AUGAAGACAAAGUCCGGGAGGGCUGGUCCGAUCAAGGCUGCCCCGUUUGGGGACGAGUUCCGCACUAGCAAGAAAGACAAGCGGCAGAUCAAGCAUGCGACUCUCAUGUCGAAGAUCGCGAAAAGCUCCAAGGCCCCCAAAAAGCGUCGCCCAUCGAAGAAAUUGGUCGCCAACCUCGAAUCUCUCGCCGAUGCCCUGCCAGAGGCCGCUGAUGACUCCCACGAUGCCGCCAGUCAAGUGAAUAUCAUCAAACAAAAGACCCUCCGCCAUAAACCUGGGGCACUGAAGCGUCGCGAAAAGCUGGAGAUGUUGGAACGGGACCGGUUCGCGAAGAACAUGGCUCAGAUGUCGAGCCUACAGCCGGCUGCUGCUGGAAAUGCCAGCGAGGCUACGCCCGAGUCCAACCCGACUGCCAAUCGCUGGUCUGCUCUGCGUAACUUCAUCUCGCAGACGAUGGAACAACAGCCGGUCUUCAAGACCAACAAAUGA